AUGUCAGGCUUGCAAAGGUGCGGGCAAAUCCUAGCUAACCUGGAGGUGAGAAGGCCCUGCACCUAUGAUGAGGGCAAUAGAAGCGAAGCGCGGCCAUGGUUACCCUCACAUCGACUGUGGACGCCGUGUGGGCCUGUACCGGGCUGCACUUCCUUGAACGACGCCCAGCCGCAGGCAAUGGCUGAGACUUACCAUACUCAAGCCUCACAGGCUAUGGAUUUCGGAUUUGGUUACCCAGAUGGCGGUGCUCUUGGUUUGACGUUUCAAGAUUAUGGGGUAACACAAGAUGUGCACCCCGGCACGCUUCAGUUUAACGAUUUCACACAGGGAGUCAGCCAGGCGCUCAGCUGGGGGGCCCCCGUUGGCAUAGCGAGCACGGCGCAGCGGCUCGCACAGCAGCUACGGUUCCAAGAGGCCUUCGAUGAGGCCGAGGAGGAGCCCACGGUGACGGUGCCCGAAAAGCCCCCCGAGUGGGCCUGCGCGUACUGUGGGAUUCACAAUCCGGCAUGCGUGGUCAAGUGCUUAAGUACCAACAAAUGGUUCUGCAAUGGUCGUGUCCACGGCUCAGGCUCGUGUAUCAUCUUGCACCUGGUCAAGAGCAAGAACAAGGAGGUACAGCUGCACAAGGAUUCGCCGCUUGGAGACACGGUUCUUGAGUGCUACGCUUCCGGCAGUCGCAACCUGUUUGUGCUUGGCUUCGUGCCGGUGAAAAGCGAGAACACGGUGGUGCUACUAGCACGUGACACGCCGCCCAAUCACCCCACUAUUCGCGACCUGAACCUGGACCUGUCCCAGUGGCAGCCUAUUGUGGAGGACCGCGGGCUGGUGCCGUGGCUCGUCAAACAGCCCGGCGAGCAGGAGCUGCUUCGCGCCAGGCACCUCACGCUGGCGCAGGUGUUGGUAGGCAAUCGCAGCGUGAUGCUGGUGAACAAGCUCGAGGAGCUGUGGAAGACGCGCCCCAACGCAGGCGUUGACGACCUGGACGAAGCUUCGGGUGGCGAUGACGGCGCUGUGCAGCCGGUGGCGCUCAAGUACGAGGAUUCAGCGCAAUACCAGGCAGUGUUCGAGCCGCUGGUGAAGUUGGAGGCCGAUUACGACCGCGCCAUAAAAGAGAGCCAGUCGCGUGAUGACAUCUCUCUUCGCUGGGACUGGGGCCUUAACAACAAGCGGGUGGCGUAUUUUUACUUUCCUCGUGAUGAUAAUGAACUCAAGCUCAUGCAGGGCGACGAGCUCAAGCUGCGACACAAGAAUGCGGGCAAUCGCGGUCCGUGGGAGGCGCUGGGGCACGUGCUGACGUAUCAGCAGAGCGAGGAGGUCUGCCUUGAGCUCUUUGCAAAUGACGUACCCGAGGACUGCACGGUGGGCUAUUCGGUGGACUUCGUCUGGCGGGGCACCUCCUACGACCGGAUGCGGAACGCAUUGAACACCUUCCGCAAGUAUUCAGCUUCCAUUUCAGGUUACCUGUACCACCUGAUUUUGGGGCACCCUGUGGAGUCGGUGACGUUAAAAAUCCCGCUACCCAAGGCGGGUUUCGCGGUGCCCACCCUGCCGGAGCUCAACCAUAGCCAGCUGCAUGCGGUCAAAUCGGUGCUGCAUCAGCCGCUGUCGCUCAUCCAGGGUCCACCUGGCACGGGAAAGACAGUGACCAGCGCAGCCAUCGUAUACCAUCUCGCCCACUCGGGCACGGGGCAGGUGCUCGUGGCGGCGCCAUCUAACGUGGCAGUGGACCAGCUGGCACAUAAGAUGGACCAGACCGGCCUCAAAGUGGUGCGCUUGUGCGCCAAGACCCGCGAGGCGGUCGCAUCACCCGUGGAGCACCUGACGCUGCAUUACCAGGUGACCCACAUGGCGGUGCCCGAGGGCGAGCGGCUGCGCAAGCUGCUGGCGCUUCGAGGCGCGCAGGGUGGGCUGAACGCAUCGGACGAGAAGGAGCUUAAGAGCUUGCGGCGGCGGCUGGAGAUGGAGGUGCUGGAGAACGCAGACGUGGUGUGCACCACGUGCGUGGGCGCGGGUGACCCCCGCCUCGCGAACUUCAGGUUCCAGCAUGUGCUGAUUGAUGAAAGCACCCAAGCUGCGGAGCCCGAGUGCCUCAUCCCCAUGGUGCUUGGGGCAAAGCAGCUGCCGCACGCAGCCCAAUGGGUUUUCCUUCUGCUAGCUAGCCCACAUGUCCACAGGUGGAGGACUAGCAUGCUUACCGCAAAAGUCAUCCUGGUGGGUGACCACUGCCAGCUGGGUCCCGUCAUCAUGUGCAAGAAGGCCGCGGAGGCGGGGCUGUGCCAGUCGCUAUUUGAGCGGUUGCGCCUGCUGGGUGUCAAGCCCAUCCGGCUGCAGGUCCAGUACCGCAUGCAUCCCUGCUUGUCGGAGUUCCCCUCCAAUACCUUUUACGAGGGCACGCUGCAAAAUGGCACGGGCAUGGGCGAGCGCCGCCUGGUGGGCGUGGACUUUCCCUGGCACAAUCCCGAUAAGCCGAUGAUGUUCUGGGUGCAGCUGGGAGCGGAGGAGAUCAGCGCUAGCGGCACCUCCUACCUGAACCGGACCGAGGCAGCGGCUGUCGAGAAAGUGGUAACCCGCUUCCUGCAGAACGGCAUGUCACCGUCACAGAUUGGCGUCAUCACGCCGUACGAGGGCCAGCGCGCACACGUGGUUUCAGUAAUGGUGCGCAACGGAGCAGUACGCCAAGAUCUGUACAAGGAGAUCGAGGUGUCCAGUGUGGACGCAUUCCAGGGACGCGAGAAGGACAUCAUUGUGCUGUCGUGCGUGCGUUCCAACGAACAUUCCUCAAUCGGCUUCCUGUCUGACCCGCGCCGCCUCAACGUGGCGCUCACCCGCGCACGCUAUGGGCUGGUGGUGCUGGGCAACCCUCGAGUGCUGUCUCGUCAGCCGCUCUGGAACAGCUUGCUGCAGUACUUCAAGGAGAGCGGCUGCCUGGUGGAGGGGCCGCUCACUAACCUGAAGCCCUCUAUGGUGCAGCUGCACAAGCCCAAGCGGGUCUUUGACCGCGGGUCUUUUGGCGUCGGCACGCUGACCACGAACCGGUACCAGCCCCCGGAGAAGGUGGGCGACCCACUCCCCAGCAAGGCCACGCCGCCGUCACAGCAACAACAGCAGCAGCCUCAGGCGAGUGGCCUGCAGAUGACGGCGACGGGCCAGACCGGGGCCGCGGCAUCGGCUAGCGGUGCCGGAGCUGCAGCCAACGGCAGCGGCGGCGGAGGCGCUGGCAGCAUGCGGUACUCCGGGCGCGCCACGGGCGGUGCGUCCGGGGCGGCGGCGGUGGCGUCCUCCUCCGGGCGGCUGAACGGCACGGCGGGAACCGGGUUGCUGAGUGUCGGGAAGGGCUCGACGCAGACGUUUAUGCCGUUCGCUAUGCCGACGUACAGCAUCCCAGCGGCGAAUGGCCGGGCGAAG